AUGCAACGUGUUCAUGCUUUGAUAAGCGAGGAUGAAUUUCAUAAAACGGAUUAUCUGCCUUCAAGUUGCUCUGAUGUUUUGCUGCCAGCUAUUGGUUCGUCUAUUAGUCGUUCAGCUACACCAGAAGUUAAUUUUGAUCUUAAAAAUAUUCCAAUAGUUACACCAAGAAAAUUUAUUCGGGCAAAACGUUCUUCAAGUCGGGCAACUACGCUCACCGAUUCUAUUUCGCGAAUUCCAACAGUUUCAAUUUCUUCGAAUAUUUGCUCUUCGGAAAUGCCUAAACCUGUCUUGCAGAAUAUUGUUUCUACCGUUAAUCUUGGAAAAAUUGUCUGUACUGGCGCUAAAUCAGAAGAGGCUAGUCGUUUAGCAGCUAGACGUUUUGCUCGAAUUAUUCAACGUCUGGGAUAUAAUGUUCAAUUUAAUGAAUUUAAAGUUCAAAAUUUGGUGGCUUCUUGUGAUUGUAAAUUUCGUCUUCAAUUGGAAGGUUUUUAAUUUUUAAUUUGAUUUAAAAUUAAAAGAGGAAAAAUAUAUUUUAUAAAUUUUUAAAUUAUUAAAAAUUCAGAAAGGGUUGUUUUUGAUUGUAAAAAUCAGGCAGCAUAUUUAACUAGCGGGUGGGGAGCCUUGUUUGUUUUCUCUUCUCUAUUUUAAAUGAAUGUCUCACAGACUUCGGUUGCUCAACAUUUUUUCUUAUUCUGAUGUGAGACUAUGGGAAAAAGCCCUAUAACGAUUUAGUGAAAAGCAGAUGAUAAUUUAGUUAAUUUGUGAGGUCUUCAACUUCGUCCUGCAUUCUUUCUUCAUCGUAAACUUUCUUCUGCUUGUGUUCUUCGAUCCUCACCAAAUUUCUGCAAUAUUUAAAUUUCUACUAUUUUUUAAUCCGUCUAAAAACUUGCUAACUACCUCCAUAAAAACUUCU